GAAGAAGAAGAAAUAGAAACGUCAAAUUGGUGAAAUUGGUAAAUAAACGUAGUAAAAAUGAAUAUUUUACCAAAGAAAAGAUGGCACGUACGCACGAGAGAGAACAUAGCGCGAGUAAGAAAGGACGAGGCCAAAGCCCUAGAAGAACAAAAAGCCAUCGAAGAACGAAUAAAACUAGCCGAACGCGAAUCCAGAAGGUCCUUCCUGUUGAAACGAAGCCGCUCCUCCGCCAAUUCCGCCUCUAACUUCACAACAACCCCCCAACAGGGAUCAUCUCAGCAUGUAAACCUCUUCGAAGAGCUCGAAGAGGGCGUGGCGGAGCAAAAGGAAACCAACAAAAACCACGAACAGGAGGCGAAAGAGGAGAAGGAGAAGUACGAGAAGCAAAUCGGCUACCUAACCUACCUCGGUCAAGACACCAACGAAGCCUCGGGCAAGAAGAGCUGGUACGAUGUGGCCCCCGAGAGGUCCACCGAACGAGCAGAAAUCGCCCUAAAAAGCAAGUUAAGAGAAGAUCCUUUGAACGAGAUAAGAAAACACACCGCUCGAGUCGAUGUAAGCGCAAAAACGAAGCCUUCGAUGGGCGAGAAAACGCGCGAAAAAUUCAAACGGAGCGAGUCGAGAUCGAGACAACGCGAGUCUGAGGAUGAAGCUGAAGAAACGGAGAAACGUCGAAGGAUCGAAUUGAUGCGAACGAAACGAUUGAAACGGGAGAACGAGGAACGAUUAAGGACCGAAGCUUUGCUGGCCAAAAUUCGAGGGGAUGAUAAAGAGCAGCCGAAGGAAGUGAAUGGCUUUAGAGCGAAGUAUAAUUCUCAGUUCAAUCCGUAUUUGGCUAAACAAAAUUAUAGUAAAUAAAAUAAAAC